AUGACCUGGGAAGAGAUUGCAAAGGCUAAGAAAGCAUCUGUAGAUGAUGCAAUCCCCUCGGAGUGGAGAUUGGAAAAAAAUCCUACUGCCAAUAAGGUGAGAAAUGUUGGAGAGUAUCUCGAUGAGACUCUUCCAGCACGUGAGAAUUCGAUAACGAGCUGCACUGUGACUGAGCUAGCAGGAAAAAUAUCAAGGGGUGAACUUUCAGCAAUUGAAGUGACCAAGGCAUUCUGUCAUAGAGCAGCAUUGACUCAUCAGCUCACCACUUGUUGUAGUGAAAUUUUCUUUGAGAGAGCUUAUAAGAAGGCUGAAGAAUUAGAUGAGUAUUUCAAAAAGAAUGGGAAGACUGUAGGACCUCUUCAUGGGGUUCCCAUCUCCCUCAAGGACCAGGUGAACUUGGAAGGCAUUGACUCAGCAAUUGGAUAUGUGUCCCUUGUAAAUAAGCCUAAAAAUAAAGAUGAAGUUUCCAACAUUGCCAAAAUUUUGGAAAAUGCUGGAGCCGUGUUCUAUGUCAAGACGACAACCCCCAUGGCCAUGAUGUCGGGAUGUACAUCGUCCAACAUAUAUGGCUACACCUACAAUUCAUACAAUCGUCUCCUUUCAAGUGGUGGGUCAUCUGGCGGUGAAGGAGCGUUGAUCGGUGCUCGGGGAUCGCCGCUCGGAUUUGGGACGGACAUCGGCGGCAGUAUCCGAGAGCCAAGUUGUUUCCAUGGGUUGUACGGAUUGAGAGGAUGCUCCAACCGUCUUCCAUAUUGCAAUGUGACCAACUCGUUUGCUCAUGCACCGGUGCUUGCGUCUGUCAUUGGGCCCAUGGCGUGGGACUUGGACGAUUUGAAGCUUGUCACCAAGUUGAUCAUCGACUCCGAGCCGUGGAUGGACGACCCCAAGGUGCCACCUAUCCCGUGGAGAGAAGUGACUGACUACCCUAAGAAGUUGUGUUUUGCCUUUGUUUCCGACGAUGGAGCCGCUAGACCGCAUCCUCCCAUUGAGAGAGCGUUGCAAAUGUGCAAAGAUGCCUUGGUUGCCCAGGGCCACGAGGUUAUCGACUGGGAACCCCCCGUGUCUUUCAUCGAGUGCAGAGACCUUGGCGCCAGUAUCUACGGGGCCGAUGGGUACAAGGAGAUAGCUGAUGAGUGUGCCAAGUCUGGUGAGCCAAUUGUGCGUGAAGUCAUGGUUCUAGCCGGUAAUGGCACUGAUCUCCCGAUCGGGUGUCUGCACGUCCACGAGCACUGGGAACAGAACAAGCUUCGAUACGAGUACCAGCAGAAGGUGGACAAGUACUGGAAGUCCACUGCCCAGCAGACUUCCACGGGGAGACCCGUGGACGCCAUCAUCACUCCGCUCUGGGAAACAUGUUCCUUCAAGUGUGAGGACAUUGACAUGUUCAGCCUGGCGUACUCCUCGACAUUCAACAUCUUGGACUAUGCUGCGGUGACCACGCCCGUCACCACGGCGGACAAGACGUUGGACCUGAAAGACGAGACCUACACGCCGAUCAGUGACCACGACAGAGCCAUACACGAGUACUACGACCCUGAACUCUUCCAUGGGACUCCGGUGGGCUUGCAGGUGGUAACACCUAGAUACGAAGAAGAACGGGCAAUCUAUCUUUCUGGCAAGUUGAGAGACGCACUCUCUGAGAGAAGGUAG